AUGGUCCACCGGAUAGAGGUGGAGAAUUUCAAGUCUUACAAGGGUCGGCAGGUCAUCGGCCCGUUCAUGAAUUUCACAGCCGUGGUUGGCCCGAAUGGCGCGGGGAAAUCAAAUCUCAUGGACGCCAUAAGCUUCGUGCUGGGCGUGCGGUCGGCGCAUCUACGCGGCUCGCAGCUCAAGGAUUUAAUCUACGCCUUGGACGACGACGAUCGCGAUGACCCGAACCGCGGAGCGCACGUGAUGCUGGUGUAUAUAAAGUCGUCGCAGCCCGCUUCGACGUAUUCUGGGAUGGAGGAGCUGCAGUUCACUCGCGCUAUAACGAGUUCUGGCAGCAGCCAGUAUCGGAUCAACGGCUCGGUGGUUUCAUGGGACGACUACAACUCGCGGCUUAAGGACAUCGGCAUCCUCGUUAAAGCACGAAAUUUUCUCGUCUUUCAGGGUGACGUGGAGUCGAUCGCGUCCAAGAGCCCCAAGGAGCUGACGGGGCUGUUCGAGCAGAUCGCUGGAUCGGACGAGCUGCGCAAGGAGUACGAGGCGCGCGAGGCGGACAAGAGCCGCGCGGAGGAGCGCACCAUGUUCGCGUACCAGAAGAAAAAGAACAUGAGCUCGGAGAAGAAGCACAAGAAGGAGCAGAAGGAGGAGGCCGAGCGGCACCUCAAGUUGCAGCAAAAUCUGAAAGACAAGCGCGCCGAGUUUUACCUCUGGCAGCUGUACUGCAUCGAGAAGGAGAUGAACGCGGCUCGCAGCGCGCUGGCGGCGUCGCGGGAGGAGCUGCAGCGCGUGCAGGAGGAGCAGGGCGACGUGGAGAAGCGGCAGCGGGAGAAGAUGCGCGAGCGCGCAGUGCAUAGCAAGGACGUGUUGACUGCAGAGAAGAAGGUGGCGCGCAAGGCUGCAGAAAUUGACAAGAAGCGGCCGGAGAUGGUGAAGGUGAAGGAGGAGAUGCGGCGCGCGGAGCAGCGGCUGAAGGAGGACGUGGAGAAGCUGGAGAAGCUGCAGGCGCUGCAGGCGCGGCAGCAGGAGGAGGUGGCGCGGUUGGAGCGCAGCCUGGAGGACGUGCAGGGCGAGCUGGCGGACAUGGAGGGCAUGAGCCAGGCGGGCGGCCAGCAGCAGCUGCACCUCGCGCAGAGCCAGCUGGAGGAGUACCAUAAGAGGAAGGAGGAGGCAGGGUCUAAGACGUUUAGGCUGCGGCAGGAGAAGGAGGCGCUGGACCGGCAGCAGCAUUCGGACGUGGAGGCGCAGAGGAGCAUGGAGGCGAGUGUGGCGCAGAUGGCGGGCAGGGAGGAGCAGCUGGGCGUGCACCUGGAGCAGGCGCGCGCGCGCGUGGAGCGCGUGGGGAAGGACCUGGCGGAAGGGAGAGAGGCUCUUGAGCGGCUGAGGAAGGAGGAAACUGAGAUGCGCGAUCGCCACCGCCGCGCUCGGCACCGAGCAGAGGCACUGGAGCAGCGGUUGGAGGAGGCAGAGGCGCAGCUGCGGGAGCUGAAGGCGGACCGGCGGGAGAACGAGCGCGAGACGAGGAUGGCAGAGACUGUGGCGACCAUGAAGCGCCUGUUCCCGGGCGUGCAUGGGCGGCUGUCGGACCUGUGCAAGCCCACGCAGCGGCGGUUCAACAUGGCGGUUACUGUGGUGAUGGGGAAGCUGUUUGAUGCUGUGGCUGUGGAGGAUGAGCGCACGGCCAAGGAAUGCAUUGAG